AAGAAGAAGAGAGAAAGAUUACUUUCUUUUCUAUUCAUUUUCUUGUUUUUCCCCCUUUUUUUCUUUUUCUUUCCCUCUUCCUCCUGUUCAAAGGUUUAACCGUAAAGUGUUUAAAUCUUUCGUGAUCACGUGUCAAUCAUGGAUCACGGUAAUGGAAGUGGAAACGAGGCUGGCAGUUCACCAGACACCGUACUGGCACGUUCCUCGUCAGACGAAGAUAGAAGAAGAAAUCCUGAAAGUACUUCCGGUGAAUACGUCACCGUUGCCGAGAGUAGCUCCAGUUUGGAUACUUUAGCCGGUCAAUCGGGUACAGCUGAAACUAUUGCAGUUAGUACUACCGGGACCACUAGUAGUAGUAGUACGUUAACCAACGAGAACAAGAAAAAAAAAGGAAGAUUUGGUAUAUUGAAAAGUAGUUUUAAAAAAGAUGCCAGUGGAUUGUUCAAGAUGAAAAAGAAGAAUCGUGGUAUGGAGGGUGGUACUGCUGAUGGUUCACUCGAGCUUGAUCCUGAUCCUGAAGAAGAAAAAGACUCUACUCGCAAGAAGAUUCAACUUAAUCGACAACAACAGGACGAUAACGAUGAUCAUAAAACGUCAUCGAUUAUGCUCGGUGGURGUGGUACACAGACGAGCGAUAGUCCAGGUGCUACGUCGAAGAAGAAAAAGUCACAUUCAUUAGUACGAAAAUUAAGUUUUAACAAAUUUCGAUUGUCGACUGAUCAACAAUCACAACAACAAUCCCAACAACAACAACAAAUAGAAGUAAGAAGGACACCGGACGGUGGUGACAGUAGCCAAUCUCAAAGCCAAUCCUCCCAAGAUUCUCCGAGUCACUCGGACAGCCCUAAGAAACUUACUAGGAACGGAUCGGACGGUGAAAAAAGUGUCUUCAAGGGGAUACGUUCAAGGCAUCGUUCUAAAGCCGAUUCCGAACGGCCGCCGCCAACAGGGGAGAGGGAAAGAGAAAAGAAGGGAGAAACGAAGAAACCGGAGAUGCUGAUCGCAAAACCGGUGAGCACCGUCACCGUAGUGCAACGCAAGUCUCCGUCGUUAACCAUCAGAUGUGUUCCUAAGAGUUCUCAGCAACACGAAUCGUCGGAUCAAUCGAGUUUGGAGCAAGAAAGAAAAACGGAAAUUUAUUGUACAUCGACAUUACCAUACGCAAUAUCAAAAUGGCCGGAUCAACGAAAGGAUCAUUUAACGCCGGAAUUAACGAGAAAAAUGAAAUUAUCGGUUAAAGCUGAUUCCGAUUGCGGUACUUAUAAUACCAAGAAGACAUCUCCCGUAGAAUUACGUAGAAAAUUAUCGUUGUUGGAAGAGAAACGUGCUAUAUUUCAACGAAGAUUAUUCGAGAGUAGUACUACGAGUGACAUUGAUUCAAGUGACACUGUAAUAGCCGUAAAUUUAGACGACGAUCUCAAUAAAUCUGAUAAAACAAGUAGUAGCAUUCACGAUUCCGGGGAUGAUAAUAAUUCUACUAACACGAAGAAAAAAGCUAGACACAUAAGUGUCAGAAAAUUUGAUACAUUUUCAACAUUCGAGGGUACAUUCGACGAGGAUACCGGAAUUGGUUAUUUAGCUGGAAUCGAAGAGGAUUAUCCGGAAAGUUACGACAGGGAGGACAACGAUUACAACAAUUUACAAUCAGCCAUGGCACCAAUGUUGGCAGCUGCCAAUGAUAAUGUUGAAAAAACCAAAUCGGCCAGCCAGGAAAGUGCGUCGUCACAGAACAAUUCUCCAAGUACUGGAGUUGGAGAGAAAAGGGAGCAUUUGUACAAAAUCUUGGUGAUCGGUGAAUUAGGUACAGGAAAGACAUCAAUCAUCAAGAGAUACGUUCAUCAAUUUUUUUCACAACAUUAUCGUGCCACGAUAGGGGUUGAUUUUGCAUUGAAAGUACUCAAUUGGGAUCCUCAUACCAUCAUCAGGCUCCAAUUAUGGGACAUCGCAGGUCAAGAAAGAUUUGGAAACAUGACAAGGGUAUAUUACAAGGAAGCAGUUGGUGCUUUUAUAGUAUUCGACGUGACGAGAAAUUCAACGUUGGAUGCGGUGGUCAGGUGGAAACAAGAUCUCGAGUCGAAGGUACGAUUACCGGAUGGAUCACCUAUACCUUGUGUACUUUUAGCAAAUAAGUGUGACCAACAGAAGGAGGGUCUUGUAAAUUCACCUAAUAAAAUGGACGAGUAUUGUAAAGCAAAGGAUUUCGUUGGUUGGUUUGAAACAUCUGCCAAAGAAAAUAUCAAUAUUGAGGAAGCUGCAAAGUUUCUCGUUACUAAGAUACUUCAAAACGAUCAAAUAAUGAAAGGCAACGAAUCGCAAGAUCAAAACGAUGGCGAAAGAUUUGCGUUAAAUCAAUCACCGGUUAGUUCGAAGAAAUCAUGUUCUUGCUGACGAUAUGAAAAUAAUUCUUUGGGAAUUUAAAAGCUUCUUUUUUUUU